AUGGAUCAUGAAAUGAGCAGCAAAUCGCAAUCGCCGCCACCAUCAUCGAAUAAGCAGCAGUCCGCGAUGCCGGAUAUACUACCGGAUUUAAAGGAUCUGCUGAUCUGUAUAUUCGAUACGGUGGGCGCAUCACAAUUAACCAGUCGAUAUCAGAUUAAAAUUUUGCAUGCCAUUAAUAACAAACCUGCAUCAGUUAUCGAAAUUUUGGCCGAUUAUUAUCUCGCUCAUCUGGCCGAGGUGCAGCAGCAGCUCUCCACCACAGAUAUUGCCGUUACGAUUGCUUUCGCUCGGCGAAUUGUUGACAGCGACUGCGCCGAUUCAGUGGCUGCUGUAAGUGCUUUGGCUUUUUCCCGUUACGUUUGUGCUUUGGUAAUGAAGAAUGGUGAUUGCGAUUUAAAAUUGAUCCAUGAACUGAUCAAGGCUCUUGCUGAAGAACUGCAUUGCGAUGAUAUCAUAUCAAAGCUCAAUGCUCUUGAAAUCUUCAAAACAAAACAUAUUUUUAUUAUUUGA